GUCGUUGUCACUUCCAGCCACAAGAGGGCAGAAGAGACUUAGCCUUUUAUGAACACUUCCGCCUUCCGGUUGAAUAACAAACAAACGAGGGAAAGUUGCACCGUUUUGUAUGAAAACGCCACUUAAAUGUCCAACGAAAGGCAACAAUCACCGUCUAAAUUAUCAGAUCGAUGGAUCCAAGAAAACAACGAAUUGGUCAACAAAUGGAAGAACAGAGAGCCUUCAAGCCGAGACCAGAACCACGCCAUUUUAUUGUUGUCAUCUGAGUUCCACAAACUUUUAAGAAAAAUACAAGGUCUUCCUCUGCUUGAAGAUCACACUCGCUUGGAGUUGUGUGUGGUGUACAAUGUUUGUUUGCUCUCCAUCGCUCUGUCUCAGAUGUCAGAAGCUGAGAUGCUCCUCACACAAACGAUGGAAAGAGUUUUACAGAUGACAAGCGUUGAGCCGAUGGCCUCGUCUCCACCUGAGUUUUGGCGUACAGUUGUGACAUCAGUGGAAAACAGACCAUUCCAAUCCAGUGUACAGAACCUGCUGUGUGUGCGGUGGGCUAUCUGCUUGGCCAACUGUACACUUGAAGCCAUAGAAGGACUUCAGGGGGAAUUUUCCUCUCUUUCUGCAGGACUUCAACAAGACAUAAGUGAAGCAAGGCGAAUGUCUUCAAACGUUCCGCUUUUGGUGAUGGAACCAAGAAAGCUUCUUGAAUUGUUGCAAAUUUGCACUCUCAUCACCCAAGGCGCAGAGCGACUGAACGAGGGCGGAAGCUCAGCGGCUCUAACUGGUCUGCAGGCUGCUUCCUCUCUGCCUGCUCCCAGAACUCUGGUGGCAUACACGCACCUGCUAUCUGGCUCCUGUCUAGCCCACACGGGCCGUCCUCAGAUGGCACUGCAGUGUUUCAGGAAAGCGGUGGAGACCGAUUUUCUGUGUGUAUGUGCUCUAUAUCAGAGUGUACUCAUCUUCAGGUGCCUGGGGAACACACAGGCGGAGAUACAAAUGCUUCGAUUGUUGCACUCUACACUGAUGUUGCCCUCCACCUCUGAGCCUUUUACAGCCAGCGAUCAGAUCUUCUCUGUGUCCGUACUCCUACGGAGUCAAGCCCUGCGCAGUCUGCUUUUUGUCCCAACUGCCCUCGGUGUCCUUCACAGUUUGGCCCAGAAAUGCGUGCUGCAUUCAAGGGUGUCUGAAGGUGUGGAAUGUUAUCUGGAUCUGCUGGCUGCUAUUCGUUCUGAAGAACACAGCGUACGUUCAGAGGACUCUCACCUUCCUCGGUUACCCGAACUUUACCUGGAGGCCGCCACCUCCUUGCUCAUGGCCGAGCGGCCCGUCGAUUGCAUGACUUUGUGUGAUGAAGUCAUCGCCACCACGGCGGAGCUGCUGCCAGAGCGCGUGGUGCUGGAGGAGCCAGAGGAAGGGGUUGAGGAGUCGGCUAUGUGCGCCGAGGGUGAACAGGAUCGGGUGGCGAUGCUGUUUUGGACGGGGGCGGCGUACCUCCUCCAGGGUCACUGCUGCGGUCACCUGCAGGACUGGAAGCAAGCUGUGGCUCAUUACACAAGAUGUAUUAACCUGCUGGUGAAGGUGCGCGUUAAAGAGAAAGGCGGCCAACCUCAAGUCCCCACUCCAGACGUGUGUAAUGAGAAAAGAGCAGAUCUUCAGAUUCUACAGAGGAUGAAGGGUCUCUCGUUAGCCGGGAGGGGCAUCAGCUUCGCGCAGACCGACCAGCUUCGACACGCACAAAGAAACCUCCAGCUCAGCCUGCACGCUUUUCCAGAGAACGUGGGUGCAAGACUGUGGUGUGGAGAGGUGCUGUGGAGGCUCGACAGGAAACGAGAGGCAGCCGCAAUUUGGGAGAAGACAUGGAACAUCAGCAUACGCUCAGCAGAGAACAUUCCUGUGUACUUGCGGGAACCCCAGUCCGGACCCAUGUUGGACUCUGCAGAGCUUCGCCGCAGAAUACGUGAACUUGAUUCCAGCUAGCUCACCUUGAGCGAUGAAGAAGAAUGUUUUGUUGAAUGUUGACAGGGGCAAAAAAAUGAGGAAAAAAAACCCCCCACCACUUCAACUGUUUUCUGUAAACAUAUGCUGGUUUACAAGUUACAUUAAUAUGUAACUUUUUGUGUAUUUGUACAGCUGUGUAGAAAGGAAAGCAACACAUUUGAAUUGUGCAUUUUUAUAUGGGCAUGAGCACCAAACAAGACAAGCAACUAUUUCUUGUACCCAAAGUAGGAAAACCACUGGACUUGUUGCAUGCAGAACACUGAGCACAUUGCAAAACUGCUCACCGGCCACUACAGUCACUGCUCCUAAAGCGUGACUGUGAAAGUCACAAAUUAAAAAGUUUAGUGCUAAGUUGUUUUUUUGGGGGCAGUACUAUUUUCUGCUCUUUAUAUAUGAUCUGAAAUGUUAACUCAAUGAAUGAAUUGAGGACUAAACUAAUGUACCAAAUUGCUGUCAGGAAUGACAUCGGAACAAUCUAAUUGAACAUUUGUGUACUUCAGGGGUGAUUUCAUGCCAUAAUUAUGGCUGCACCAUUAUUAUUAUUUUUACUAGAUGUUACUUUGUGUUCUUUAAUCAACUUUGUUCAUGGUGCUCUUACUAUUAAACUGUAAACGAGC